AUGGUAAUGAAUCUGCCAGCCAACUCUUUAAGGCCUUUGCCCAAGCUCCCACCUCUGUCCAAGUUAGUUUCUCCUCUGCCGGUUAAAAAAAGAACAACAAUUGUACUUGCCUCCGAGAAUGGGGCCGCGACGGCGCCGCCGAAGGAGCAGCGGAAACAAGCGCAGAGGACGAAGACCGGCGAGGCUUCUGAAAAAGCGCCCAACUCUGAGUUGGAGCAGCAAACCUGGAGGGUCGGGACGCGGGCAGAUUCCGAGCAAGAGAACACUGCAUGGGAAGUGCGAGCACCUAGGACGCCGCUUGACCAAGCACAAAUGAAAACGUGCUGUCAAUGUGGGUUUACGAAGAUGAUUGACGACUAUGAGAGAACGAAGACGAGCUUAGACGAGCGCAGCGCAGGUUGCCGGGCGUGCAUGUCGGCUCUCCGCGCACGUCGGUCGGGCCGGCCCCUCUAUCACCUUGGGAUGUCGGUUGAGGACGCGUGGGAGAACGCGAAGGUGUGCACGAUGUGCAAGCACCUGAAGGAGCUGCGCGACUUUGCGCGGUUGGGCGACGGGACCGCCAGACGGUGCCGGGGCUGUCAAGCAAAGUUUUCGAAGCCGCUGCAGGCGCCGGCGGAUACGCCGCAGAAGUGCAACGAGUGUGGGGAGGUGAAGCCCGCGAGCGAGUUCCACCGGAAGCAGCACCGGACGAACGGGCUUUCGGGAAACUGCAAGAGUUGCUGCUCGAAGAUUGAGAGAGCGCGGUAUGAGAAUUACCGGGGGUCCUCGGUGGUUUUGUCACGGGCGGAGAAGAUGUGCACCAUGUGCGGGAGGGAGCUACCGAGGACGGAGUUUUAUGCGGCCAAAAACAUCGACGGGCUCCAGGCAAAUUGCAAGGAGUGCUUUGUCACCAGAAACACCGGACGAAGGAAGAAGAAGGCCCCGAGUGCUGGUGAAGUUGCUGAACAAUCUGAGCAAUCUGAUUGAUCAAUUGUUAGUGCCAAAAGCGGAUUGCUUUGUGUUAGACAAAUGUAGAAAGGUCCCCAGAAUAUUAUUUGCUGCAGCAAGGUUAGAGAUCAUGUUGGUUGGCGGACACAAGGAAUUCAAGGACAGGGGCCGCGCCCGGAAACCUUGCCACAUUGUGCGACAGAUUGAUCAAGGAUCGACUUAGAGGAACAGUCCCAACAUUUCUGGUCAUUCAUGCAAUCAUUGACUUCAAGUUGUAAAACAAUCAACCGUCUG